CAAAAUCUAAAACUAAGAAUUUCUGAUAUAUCAUAUUUUCAAUAUGAACACAAAAUUCAGGAAGGAAUCAGAUAUCAAGAAUGCAGACGGAGGAGCAGUAGGGAAAAAGGUGGAAACUGUGGAAAUCCGGUCCUCGCCAGGGCAAGGCCAAGAGCAGAGGACAGUUCAGGUGACCCACCAAGUCCAUCAAAAGAGCAACACAGACACCAGUGGCGGUGUCCUGCAAGGUGCUGCUGCGGCUGUUGUCUCCACUCUGGAGUCCGCCAAGAAUGUCAUCUCUGAUAACUAAAUGCUUCAGAAUCCCUCGGAGUUUUUAUUUUUAUUUUUUUGUCAUCUUGUUUUUAUGGACCAUCCAAGUUGAAAAGUUGAGCCCCUUUUACAUUCUCAUUUGUAUUUUUAUGUUGUACUCUAGAAUCAUGGUUUCAAAGAUCAUGCUCAAAAGAGAGAUGUCACCACCACCAAAAGAAAAAUUAAAAUAAUCUUUAUUCU